UGCAGAAGGUUUUCCAGCUCAUCAGCCGCAACCUUUGGAAUAUGACCACACUUACUGUUUACCAGAGACUUCCUACCCCUUGGAAGGUUCCCAACAUGGCCAACACCAUACUGACCAGGACUAUCGCACAUUGGAUUUCUUGGUGCCAGGGUCAUGCGACUUCCACCCUCCAGAGUCACCAGGAUCUCUUUCAGAGCAAGAACUUCAAGGCACAUCUUUGGUCCAGCCACAACCAUCCACGUUUCUUCCAGAGCCUGUCCCAAGCACGUCUCGUGGAGUCCUCCAGCAGCAAGCCGUCCCUAGAGAGCCUGUCCCAAGCACGUCUCGUGGAGUCCUCCAGCAGCAAGCCGUCUCUAGAGAGCCUGUCCCAAGCACGUCUCGUGGAGUCCUCCAGCAGCAAGCCGUCGCUAGAGAGCCUGUCCCAAGCACGUCUCGUGGAGUCCUCCAGCAGCAAGCCGUCGCUAGAGAGCCUGUCCCAAGCACGUCUCGUGGAGUCCUCCAGCAGCAAGCCGUCGCUAGAGAGCCUGUCCCAAGCAUGACUCAACCCAGUCUGACUCGGCUUCACGACCCAGUCAGCACGACUCCGCCAGUCGUCGUUCAAGAACCAGCGCCAAGCACAUCUUGGUCCUCAUCGCAGGAGCUGCCAUCUACACCACCAGGAAGGGGCCGGAGCCGAAUCCGCAAGGCUUUUACGCCACGCACAAAGAAGCGGAUGCAAAAAUAUUUGGAGGAAAUAGCAAG